AGAAAGAAGCUGGGGGAGGGCUUUUUAUUUGCCUGUCUGUGACCGUGAGAACAGCGCGUGGAGCUCCUUCCGUUGCUCGCGGAGUCGUCCCGCCGUGGGAGUUGGGAGAUCCGGCGGGGCGCCGGAGAGAUGAGCAGCCCUUUCUCGCCUCCGGCUUGGGAGAAGGAGCAUUUCUGGCUCUACCUCUUGGCUCUGGGCUUCGAUCCCGCGGUAAACGCCGCUGCCGGGAAACUUUCGACUCACCUCCGGCUGGGCGUGAACUUGUUUGAUAUACCAAACAAAGAUGCAUUUCACAUUGUUGCAUGGUUCUUAUUUUCAAAGCUGGACCGGUCACACUGUAAUGAGGUUUUUAGAUUUUGUUAUCCUCCCUCAGAUAAAAAGGCAGACUCUGAAUUCAGGAAGCAAUGCUAUGAAUGGCUAAAAAGGAUAUCAGAUGAAUGUGGAAACAGUUUUCCUCCAGUUGUUGCAUCAUUAUUUCUUUCUCCUGGUGGACCCAAAUUCAUUCAUCUAAUGUUCCACUUUGCAAGAUAUGUAAUAAUGCACCAUAUUAAAGUGGAUUCUCUAGGUGCUGGCAUACCCAAUCCAGAAGCGGUGAACUUACGAUCUCCAGACUUGACUAUGGCUGUUGCAAAAUGUCAAGUGGCACUGAACAGAUUUUCACAGUGUCUACAGAAGGAAGAUUUGAUGAUUCAAGAACUUCAGAAAAAAGCACUACUUUUUACUAAGCAAAUCAGAGAUUUAAGAUACGGAAAUGUGGAUCUGGACAAACGAUUGCAAAAAAUGGGGAAAAAAGUUGAUUCUGGCCAGAGUAAUAACGCAGAAAGAAUCGAAAAAGUUCGCUGUUUAUGGGCAACAGUAAUGGAAACAGUGACAUUUUUGCAAAAAGAAAGAGAAGUAGUGGAUUCAGUAGUAAAAGGUCAUGUUGAUCAGUAUACAUUAGAUGGCACAAGUGUUUCUGUUAGCAUUCCAAGGCCUCUGCUUCAAAAAGUAGAAAAAGAAAUGUAUAAAUUUCCUGUUGGGAAUGUGUAUGAAAUGGGAAAACUGAACAUGUUAACCAUUAUCCAAUUACUAACCAAAGCCUUGGAGUUAUUGCUGCAUGAGCGCCGGCAUUAUGACAAGAAAGCAUUCAAAGUAGACCUUCAGGAUCUUGAAGGAAACACCAGAUUCCAGAAUGAGACUUUAUUGGGGCUGAAGUCACUGAGGCAAAAAUUAAAAUGUAAUGAUCGUAUCUCAGUAACUCAAUCAAUUGCUGAAAAACAACAGGAAUGGCACUUGAAGUGGAAAAAUUAUCUUGGCCAGUCACCUUUUCAUUUAAUUAAGGAUCCAAACCCUGCACUUGAUUUAUUACCCGCUAUGUCUCCUCUUUCUUUUACUCCGGCUACUGAGGAAGCGUAUAAAAGCAGUGUCUUCAGUCAAUACCCUGCAUUAAUUCCAGAUUCGACCAAAAAGAAUGUUCAGGCAAAUGAAUUUGCAACAGUUGGGAAGACACUGGGAAAUGAAGAUUAUUCAACAAAGACAGUCACAGAAAGGUAUGAUUUUAGUAUGUCCUUGUAUAGAAUAGUAGCAUAUAUUAACAUUACAUCAAAUGUCGAAACUCCCAAGAGGACUGAUAAUUCACGGUUUCAAAUCUUAGAGUAUAAAGGAAGACAUUCUAGACGAAGAGAAAGUGGGAAUAAAAGACAAGCUGAUCCAGUUAGAACACAUUCAUUGGCUAAAAACGAAGAUCCUUUAAAGAAGGCCCAAGAACAGCUGGCUGAACAGGUGGCAGAUGUAGUAAUAUCUGAUUCAGCCCAGAACACUGGGAAGGAUAUAGGGGAUCUGAUCAGUACCUUAAUCUCAAAUCCUUUCUUAACAAGGAAACAGAUUCCACGGACUCCAGAAAAUCUGAUUACAGAAAUUAGAAGCUCGUGGAAAAAGGCUAUUCAGACCGAACCACCUUCAAGUGAAGCUUUGCCUCAUUCUGAAGCAACGGAAAAGUUCUCGCAGAAUACAGCUCCUGCCUUCAGACACCGUGUAGAUUCAAGUCUGACGUGGCUUUUGUCGCCUUGUAUGUCUGAUGCCGCAGAAUUUCCCUUUUUAAAUGCGGAGCCUCCGGGUAGUUUGCCGCAAGGCGAUACCGAUGAAUCGCUGAGCCACCAAGAGGCUCUUAGGCCACGGGAUGAAAUGAUUUGCAAGAAAGAAUUGCCCCUUGCUGCUCCAGGUCAAGUGGAAAACCCGGAACCAGUCUUCAAGACUCUAAAUCAAAGUGCGCAUGAGGUAAGGUGUGGCUCUGGCAACCAUACUGGAUCAGAGGCUUCGUCACACGGUGCGGGUCAGAAUUCUACCAUGUAUGCAACUUUGUUGAGGGAUGCUUCUCAAGCAAUGGGCAGUACUGGUUCCGAAAGCCAUGACGUUAUCCAGCUAGGCAUACUUCAAGAAACUCUCCCAGAAGAAGGAGGCUCCAUCAGUCUUAAUAGCGUCCAUGAUUUGGAUGACUCAGGAGAAGAAAACUCCAGAGACAGCAAACAUGUGACAGAUUGUCUGCCAGGAAACGAGUGCACGCUAGAUUUCCAGUCUAUUCUAAAUCGGUACGAGGCGCUGAAAAAGACUCUACAUGAUCACCCACCGGUUCCUGGAAAGCAAAUGCCAAGGUGCAGAUCAGAGUUUAACCUCAGACCAGCAAGCCUGGAAAUGAAGGAUGUGCUUAGCCCUUUGGGAAAACCUUACGCGUCUGAUGCAGAACUUGUCAAGAAAUCCUCACGCCCGAGUCAUCUUGAAAGAAAGAAUAGCUUCUCCCCUUUAUUUGCGUUAUCUCCGCUGCAGCGGAGAGAGAGGAGGGACAUGCAGGAUCGAGGAGACGUAUUUAAUAAACGGAAAGUACAAGAAAUUUUGGACUUGAUAGUCUACAUGGAGGAUCUCUUGCAGACUUCCUAUUGA